AUGUUACGGAGAAGGAUUCCGUACUCCUCAGGAUCGAGAAUCACCAGGACAUGGUUGUCGCGGCACCACAGCACUCACCCGACAACAACAACAACGACGAGGACAUCGCCGUCAAGCGCGGCAGACUCCGCGCUCUCUCACCCGCUCCCCGUCGCCACCUCCUCAUCCUCAACUCGACUGAGCGGACUCAAGUCUGCGAGACCGUUCUCCGAAUUCCUCACGGAUACGUUCGAUCGGCAGCAUGACUAUCUACGCAUCAGUGUUACCGAACGCUGCAAUUUGCGAUGUCUGUACUGUAUGCCCGAGGAAGGGAUCGACUUGUCCCCCACCGCACGACUACUCACCUCCCCAGAGAUCGUGUACCUGUCGUCGCUCUUCGUCUCACAGGGGGUGACGAAAAUCCGCCUGACGGGCGGAGAGCCGACCGUGCGCAAAGAUAUUGUGCCACUGAUGCAGGACAUCGGCCAGUUGCGGCGGGACGGCCUCCGCGAGUUAUGUCUGACGACGAACGGGAUCUCGCUGCACCGGAAACUCGACGCGAUGGCCGAGGCCGGCCUCACCGGGGUCAAUCUGAGUCUGGACACCCUCGAUCCGUUUCAGUUUCAGAUCAUGACUCGCCGCAAGGGGUUCGAUGCCGUGAUGAAGAGCAUCGACCGGAUUCUGGAGAUGAACAAACUCGGUGCGGGCAUCAAGUUGAAGAUCAACUGCGUCGUAAUGCGCGGGAUGAAUGAUCGCGAAAUCACCUCUUUUGUCGAGCUGGGUCGGGAGAAGCCAAUCGAGGUGCGGUUCAUCGAGUAUAUGCCCUUUGACGGGAACAAGUGGAACAAGGGCAAAAUGUUCGCCUACCAGGAAAUGUUGGCCGUGAUUCGGGAAAAAUACCCGACACUGGAGAAAGUGCAAGACCACAAGAAUGACACGAGUAAGACCUACCGUGUUCCCGGAUUCGAAGGACGAGUAGGGUUCAUCACGAGCAUGACCCAUAACUUCUGCGGCACUUGCAAUCGCCUGCGAAUCACUAGCGAUGGGAAUCUGAAAGUCUGUCUCUUUGGAAACUCCGAAGUAUCCUUGCGCGACAUCAUCCGCAAAGAGAACAAUGGAAUGCCUAUCGAUGAGGCUACCGCCAGAGAGCUUCGACUGAUGGAAACCGUGCAGUCAGCUGCCCGUCUCAGCGACGAAGGCGCACUGGUUCACGAACGCGAACGAGAGAUCCUCGACAUCAUCGGCAUGGCGGUCAAACGCAAGAAGGCUAAGCACGCUGGGAUGGGUCAACUGGAGAACAUGAAGAACCGGCCUAUGAUUUUGAUUGAUCGUAAGGCGGCCUUGCAAGGCGUAGCAGGUUGGAACCCAACACGGCUGGUCCCAAUUUCGUCCCCCUGGUCGCGAAUCCCAGCGUAUAUGCUCCCCCUACACCGCGAAUCUUUGCAAAUCCGUCGCUACACCACACGCACAAGUCUAUCCGACUCCCCACAGUCUUCAAUCAAAUCCCAAUCCGACAACAACAACAAGAAGAGCCACCCUUCUCACGCUCUCCCAAACGCAUCUGAUCCUGACCUCCCUCAUCUCACCCCGUCUCAUACCGUACACAUGACCCAGAUCACCCUGAAGCCCGAAACCGAGCGCAUCGCCACAGCAGCCUGCGCCGUUACUUUCUCCAACCCGCGCCCAUGGGCCCUCCUGCGUCAAGGUCAAGGCACGCAUAAAGGCGACGUCUUCAGCGUAGCCCGAAUUGCAGGCAUCAUGGCGGCGAAAAAGACUCCCGAUCUGAUCCCGCUCUGUCACCCCGGACUGGGCAUCACCGGUGUGGAAGUCAGCGUGGAGCUCGAGGGACCUACGGAAAUUGAAAUGAGAUCUGGAGCGCAGAAUCAUGGUUGUAUGCAGAUCAUGGCCACCGUGAGUUGCUUUGGUCGGACGGGAGUGGAGAUGGAAGCCAUGACGGCUGCGACGGGGGCCGCAUUGACUGUGUAUGAUAUGUUGAAGGCGGUGGACAAGGGGAUGGUCAUUGAAGGAGUUCGAUUGUUGGAGAAGAUUGGGGGCAAGAGCGGGCAUUGGCGAAGGCCGGAGGAUGAUGGAAAGAAAGAUUCUUAG